UUAAAACUGAGAGCUCUACUGAAAUAUAAAUAAUGAACGCCACCUUGAAGAGUAUGAACUGGUCGACGAUUUUAGCUGUCGCCUCAUUCCUGCUGCUUAUAUUGGUAACCGUAAUUGGGAAUAUGCUUGUCAUAUUAUCAGUCCUAACAACGAGGAGACUGCGAACCGUCACGAAUUGCUUCGUAAUGAGCUUAGCCACUGCUGAUUUGCUGGUGGGCAUAUUCGUAAUGCCCCCGGCAGUUGCCUUGCAUGUGAUUGGCUCAUGGCAACUUGGCUGGGUACUCUGCGAUGUUUGGAUCUUCUUUGAUAUUUUGCUGUGCACGGCAUCCAUUCUGAGUUUGUGUGCCAUAAGCUUGGACAGGUAUCUUGCCGUGACACAACCGUUGACAUAUUCGAAGAAAUGGCGCUGCAAGCGAUUGGCAUUGUUAAUGAUUCUUGGAGUUUGGAUCGUGGCAUUUAUAAUUACGUGUCCCCCGAUGUUUGGCUGGUAUGAGCCAGGCAGAAACCGGCAUGACGAUGAAUUCGUUGAAUGCCGCUAUAACCAGAAUAAAGGAUAUGUCGUUUUCUCGGCAAUGGGCUCCUUCUUCAUACCUCUGACUAUCAUGUUAUAUGUUUACGUUAAGAUUGGCUUUGUGCUGACCUCAAGAAGACAACGAAUCGUGCACGAUGCGAAUACGGAACGCACCGCAGAUCAUGAUGUGGACGGCGAUAAUUUUAUAUCCGAAGCAGAGCUUUAUCGCUGCAAUCCGCACAAAUGCUUGCCAAGCUGUGAGGCGCGGUGCAGCGUCAUAGGAUCUCAUGUGAAUCCCAUAUUUGGGGCCAACAACGUCAAGUGCCCCAAAUGCCAGGAGGCAAGAGCUGGGGAUAAGCGGAAAAAGUUUAAGCAUCAGCCGACCUUCUAUGAGCUGGUGGAGAUUUCGCGCAUGUCCUCGCUGAUGCACUGCUCCGUGGACAACUGCCGCUACCAUGCCAAAUGCAGCUCGACCUUGUCCAUGCCAGCUCUGUACUACAAGGAGAGCCAGUGCAUGGCUGACACGUCCAUGGAAAUGCCGAAUGGUAAUCAGAUGGGAGCCAACCGGGCGUCCACAACGUCCCACCAGAUGCAGCGGCAGCUGGCAAGUCAUCGCAUUCCCAUGCGCGUAUCGACCAAAAUUCAAAAUAGCAAAACGACCAAGACUCUCACCAUUGUCAUGGGAGGCCUAAUCGCAUGCUGGACACCGUUUUUUACUUUCUACAUCCUUGUGCCCUUCUGGCCGCAGCUGAAAAAGCUCGAGGGUCUCAUGUCGUUCCUCACAUGGGUCGGCUGGGUGAACUGCGCCAUUAACCCGUUCAUUUAUGCCUUUAAUCCGGACUUCCGGGCUGCGUUCUGGCGCCUCACAUGCCGGCGAAUCUGCAAACAGAAACUGGCCCAAAACCAUAUAAAUAUGUUUCGCGCGUAAGCCCUUAAGCCCCCCGGAUUGAAACACAUUUGUUUGGGUGUAUAAUAAUUGAUUAGGAAGUCCACAAUUUUUUAUUUGAAUUUGAAACAGAUGUAAGAGCACGUAUAAAAUAAAUAGAUUUAUUUAAAGCCUUAUGUGUGUUCUUAUUAUUAGCACUAAAACAAAGUUACAAUCUAAAAUGGAUUACAAUGAUUGAUAUUCAGCACGAGGCCCGCGUUGCCUGUACCAAAGCAGAAUAAAUAAUACAAAAUAUAUAACUGAAAUCGGGCAACUCGAUGGAAUCUCAUAGAAGGGUGUCAGAAGCUAACUCGAUCUUGCCAUGAUU